CGGGGAUAUUUACCACUUAGCUGAUUACAUUUUGCAGCAGGCAUUGAUGGGACCUCUUCCCAACAGUCUUAUUUUGUCAUAUUUACGGCACUCCCUCAGUUCACAGAUUGUCUCAUAUGGGGGUGUUAUAGAGAGUAUUAGUAACUAUGAUGGUCUUCACAAACCUCAUUGCGUUCAAGCUUUGCUAGAUCUCAUGCAAAGUAUGAUGAAAAGUGUAUCAUGUCGAGGGAAACCUGAGGAUUGUUUAGUACUAGCCACGUCUUUAGUGAAUGGUGUUAAGUGGCUUGUCCAGGUAAUGGGAUGGACUACACAGCAGCUUCUUGAUCUACGCAAAGCACCAGAGCACACCACCAACCUGUCACUGGCAACGUCAGUUUUACAAGAUAUACUUAGCUGCCAGUUCCUCACGUGCAUGCUGGAGAUAGGCCGCAGAGAAGAACCAGGUGUCUGGAGUGCAAAUCUAAAAAAAAUGACUGAAGUAGAGACUCUCCUUGCUGGUGCCGGGACAAUCGUGGAGAAUAAAGACAAUUAUAUAAAGAUUCUUAGCCAGUUGCGUGACCAUCAACCAUUGGACAGUGUUGGUAGAAAACACAAAUUUAAUAGUAACAAUGUCCCCUUAUGUUAUGCCAUGCAUAGUGUGAUAAUGCUUGAAGUAAACAUGCACACAACCCGGGAUGCAGGUACAUUUGCCCAGCAGUUAUUACUUUUGCAGCGACUCCAGGGAUUGGAGACCAUGGAACUCUACUUGGAAAUUUUGCGGUGUUGCUUCAUUGGCCUCAGCAACCCUGAGUAUCAAAGUUAUCAAGAGCUAAAGUGGGUUGGUUUCACCUUCAUCAAAGUCCCAGUCAUUUUGCAGGCUAUUCAUGUUGUAUUAGCAGGUGAGUCUGCUACUGGAGAAUCAGAGGAUCUUCUUGCAGCCAUCAAACGUUUAUCUCAGCUUAAUUAUUUGCUUGAUCAGGUGGAUUUGCAAAUAAAUUGCAAUUGCUUGGAGUUUUUACUGAAUGAAAUGUGCAAUAAAACCAGUCUCAUUCUUGAAAGAGAUGCACAAGCUAUACUUGCAACAAGGGUGCAGGAGUCUAAUGUGCUUGGAAAUAUCCAGAAGAAUGACACACAAGGGUCACAUCCUGGCAAUCCAAAUCUUAUCUUGUUAGCACAACCAACUGUUAGUAAUAUUCUCAAGACUCUUAGCAACAAAAACCAGGAGUCUGUACUACCUGUCAUGAGCCGUCUAAUAAGUGGAAAAAGCCGAGACCUGCUGCUGGCUGCUGCUGCUGCCUCAGGAAGUUUGCACAUAUUUGCACAGAAAGUUGUGAAAUUUAAUGAACUGAGCAUGGAUCCACAACCUGGUGAAACUCCUAAAAUGGCAGUCAGCCGAGCCCAGAUGUUUGACAUCUCAUUUUUACUUCUCUGCCAUAUUGUUCAGAUCUAUGGAAUAGAUGUUGUGGUAUCUGAGAAGUGUGAGACCUUCAUAGAACAAUGGAUGCGAGACAACAUGCCAGAGUUGGGGAAAGUUAAAGCACCACUCAUAUCGGCCCAUACUGAUCAAAGUGCUGUUGAGGAUUUCAUCAGACAGGUUAAUAUAUCAGAAAUUGAAAUGAAAUACAACAUGGUUCGCUGGAGUGAUGUGUGCCAGAUGGCUGGGGUAGCACUAAAGGAAGUCGUUACUGCAGCACAACAUGGAGCUUUGCCUGUCCAGCAGGUCAAAGAGCUUAUUGAUCGUCUUCGAUAUCAUUCAUGCUGUCUGCCAAUAUGUGUUGCAGCUUGGCUUUGCUCUCAUGUUCAGGUUGUGGAUGGGGAGCAGUCUGUUCAGCCCCUCAGCUUUCUUCAGUAUUUACAGGCUUCACUUGGAGACCAUGAUCCAGCAAUUCCUACCCUUGAAAACUUCAAAGACAGGUCAAAUUUGCUAGUCCUUAUAGUAGAAAAUAUGAUACAAGUGACCAAGGGAGGCAUCCAUUCCUCUUCGGCAGCAGGCAGCAAUGGUAGUAUCAGUGGAACCAAUGGAAAUGAUGUCAGCAUGGCAAUGGAAACCAAUACUGUUUGCCUACUUUCAUCUCAAGAGCCCCUCUCUCACUUGCUGAAGUGCACCUGGCAACAGAUUUUCCCAAGUGGAAUUUUGAACCACAAAGCUCUCUGUACUUUCCGUGACCUUCUCAGACGCGGUACAAGAUGGUUUGUUAGUGACAUAGUCAAGUGUGGCAUGCAGAUUGUCUUUGCCUCAGACCUGAACCGUGCUAUUGACUUGAUAUUUGGUCUUCUACAUCAAGAUGUUGUUGGAUGUACUCUUAGUUUAUUGGUUCAUACACUACCCAUGUAUAUGACUGGCCCAAAUUCUGACGACUUGGCAUGUGAACCUAGGACUCAUGCCCUUGCACGCUUGACUGUAAUGAUGAUCAUCUCAGCUUGGUUAGUGGUUCAGCAACCAUCUGUGAAAUCAGAGGCGGGAGCUACUGUGAAUUUAGCAAAUGGGGGACUUUCUUGCCCAAGAAAACGUACAUACCAUGACCGGGAACUGGAGGAAAUGGAAACUAAUCUCCAAUUGCAUUCGGGAGAACUUGCAAUACCACGUGGAACUCCAGGGUUAAGUAGAGAUGGCACUUCUCUCUUGGUUGCUGUGGAAUCACUUCUGAAACUAAUGACUCAGGUAAGCCGUGCCGGUGUGGUAAGCCCUGUGUCUCAGCUUGUUGUAAAUAUUUUACACGAGUUAAUUGGUGCUCCUUAUAGUCAUACACUUCUCACUUUGACUCCACCAGCACUACUCCCAAAUUUAGUGCCACUCUUGUCAAACGCAGAUGCUUUUACCUAUGCUCAACUUCUUGCAAUAACAUCUCCCAAGGCUUCUGUCCUUCCUGAUGUGACAAAGGAUUUUGCGGGUGACCUAAUCGGAGCACAGACUCCAGCUCAGGCUGCAGGUGCAAGGCGAGCAGCAGCUAAAUUGCUGUGUGUACAGCGAAAUUUGGCUCUUUCUACUGCAUCAUCAUCUGAGUGUUAAUUCUUACAACUUGUGUUCAAUGAUUUUAAUAAUACUUUUUAUAGUAUUUCAUUGACGGAUUGUGAAAACAAGCAUUAUUUUUAUUUGUGAAAACUACUGUAUAUUUGAGCCAGUAUUAUUAGAAAUUAAGUUUUUAUACAUUAUUUUUUAUUAGUUUGUGAAUAAAACUACUUUAUGGCUUGAAUUUUCAACUGACAUCUUAAAAUAAGAAAACUAGAGCACAAUCUGUGACUAAGAUAAGGUCUACAGACCAAAGAUAUUUAUAAAUAUGGAGGCAAAACCAGACAUCAACCCAGUUUCCUUUCUUUCCCAGGCCUGGAGGGAUUGAAAUAUAACAAGGAAGGAAGAUGCCAGGCUUUGAAAUAUUUAAGACUAUAAGUUAGGGUAAAUAUAAGUAACAAGAGCAUCCUAAAAAAACUAAGUGAAAAAAUAAUUGGACUAGAAAGUAAAACCAAUUAAAA